UGUCCGCUUGGAUUUUUUGGCAAAAAAUGUCAGUUUGUAUGUCAUUGCAAGAAGAAUCUUUGUCGUAGAGAUGGGGAAUGUACACAAGGGACCUCAUGUAAAGAUGGUUGGUUCGCUCUGUCAUGUCAGUACAGUAAGUUUGUGUUACGAGUAAUGUCAGUAUAGUACCUUAAGUUACCUGUCAUAACAGUACAGUAAGUCGUUGAUACUUGAGAAGUAAGUAGAGUAAGUUAAUACCGUUACUUUUCAGUGCAUUAAGUAUAAGACUUUGAUUUUAAGAUCUCUUCUUGUUGAUACCUUGCAUGUUAGUACAUGAAUUUACUGAUACCUAUAUGUCAGUACAUUUAGCGUUUGAUACAUGGCAUGCAUUAUAUUUAAGUUAUGGACACCUGGUUUGUCAAUAUAUUGUUGAUAUAUUUCUUGCUAAUAGAUUUCAACCGAUUAUAAAUUAAUUCUCAAAAGUACAAUUAAAAUGUGUAUAUUAAUUCAUUUCAGACUGUAUAUAUCCAAAUCUGUCAUUAUCAUGAUGAUGUUUGAAUUCUUUUCACUUUUACUGUUGUAUCUUUUUUUUUCUUAGAAUCUAAAUGAUUUCUAUUAAAUACAAAUCAUUAAAGAAAGCUAAGACCUAUUAUUUCAAAAAAACUAUUAAACGUUGGUGCUAGUGAUAUUUUGUUUAGCUGGACUUCUUAUCACUUAGGAUGAAAUUGCGUAAAACGUUACAUUAUAACAUCAAGUUAAACUAUUGUUGAUAUGUAUUUCAUUAGAUGACCUGGCUUAUGCAAGUCAACCCAGUGACCCACGGUUGACCGACAACAAUGACAGCACAUGUUACAUUCCUCCAAAGAACUCUAUCGGUGCUAACCUGACAGAACCGUUUGUCUAUUCUUGGGUCCGUGUCAUAUUCAGGGGCUACGGUAUGUGA